ACAGCACCAGUGGCAACUCUUCACACCACAAGAGAAAGAGACAUGGAAGGAAAGCUGGGAUUGUCUCAGUGCUAUUGCUUUUUGAAGUCAGAUUGUUUCAUCCUCUUCAGAGCCGUGUGACGCAGAGUGUAUUAUGGAGGAUGUGAAGCCUGAGGGCUGGCGGCAGCUACUUCAGCCCCAUGGUGCAGCUGGCAAAAACAGCACGAGUCUCCUUUGCAGGUCCUCAUCAUGGAAGAGGCCUGGAGAGCGGGGUUAUUACGAGGGCCCUGCGGCACAGGUGAAUGAGCCCCCUCGCGGAGCUCGUCCAUUGAGCUGCAUAGAGGGUGGCAGGAUGGACAAAUGGCUUCAGACGCUGGAGAGACUCCAAUCACGUCGGCUUCGGAAUCAAAUACCUCCGUUUGUGGACCGGACGGUAUCGAUGACGGUUCUCCCAAAUGAGACAGCAGGAAGUAACCUGCCAUGUCCUGAUGUUUCCUCUCUCCGAAAGAGGAAUCAGACACCUAACGUCUGUCCCAGUGUGUGUGAAAGCUCCUUGAGCAGCCUGGAGUCUGUUCACAUUAAAGCUGCUCCCACUGGAGAAAGAUCUCAGUUCUGUGCUCUCGCUCCGGUUCGCUUUGGCUGGCUACCCAUACAAAGACACGUGAGACUGACGGUCAUCUCUGACAACCGCCAUGACAAUAGCAGGUGCCAGCAGAAACUGAAGUCUCCUAUCACUCCAGUGUUGCUCAGCACUCCUGCCAAACUUAGCGGACCAAGACCAAAUGACAGGGAAGCUGCGAGGCCUGAACCUGUAGGAUUCAGAUACUGGAGGACACCUGAAAAAACACCAUCUGUCCUCCAUCAGGCUUCAGGAUCUGUGAGCUCCGAGGGAGGACGAAAUGGAUCGCAAGCCUGGAAUCCAAAAGCCGAGAUGGACUCGGGCCAUGCUGGACCUCAUCCUGUGUUUAGAGAUCCCACAAGCAGGCGCGGAAGUGCACCGGAGUCCUUCAGCUCCUCAAUAUCAUCCAUCACUAUCACUUCCAGGAAGGUCACACAGAUUUCCAAGCCUUUGUGUCCGGCGAUGAAUGACCUCGCCGAUAGACGAAGAAAAGCCUUAGUGGUCAAAGUCACCGAACAGAGAACGAAAAGUACCACCAGCCGGCCCAUCGUCUCGACCUCUGGCUGUGAUCAUGAAGAGAUCGACCACGGUGUGGUACUGAGGAGAAAGACAGCCAUUGUGAAAAUGACUGAACAGAGAGAGCGUUUCAGUCCAUCACAAUACAGACACAGCUACACUGAAGGACUCAACGAAGCCCAGUUAACGAAUGAAUCUAAACGGAUGAACCAAACACUAACUAUAUCUUUAGAGCCAGGAGGAAACCAAUGGAGGUCCCAGCACAGAUCUAGCCUGUCUCUUUACCUCAACAACCCAAAUACAAGCAGCACAGCAGGGGAGAGUGACACCAAAAAACACAAGCCACCUCGAAGGCCUCUCAGCUGCGACGCAAGCUUGUUUAACUGCACAGAGCUUGGCACUAAUGCAGUUACACAUCCAGCGUUUCACAACAAGAGCUCUCCUGUUUCCCAGAAGACAAAUAUUGACCUUGUUAGUUCCAGCAGCAGCGAAGCAAGAAGGCGCUCGGCCUCCGGUGGCGAGGACAGGAGCGCAAGCAAAGAGCGAUUGGAGUGGGAUCGAAGGCUUGAGGAGCGAGAGGAACCUAUUUCAGGAAUCAAACCUCUCACGCUACUAAAAGCAGCAGAUAACUCGACUGAUCUGAGCGCAGACGCCGUCCUGGCCUUGAACGCCGCUGCGGUUAUCGCCAACAUAAAGCUGCAGGCCCAGCAGAGACGAACUAUAUCCCACACAGCAACAGCAGUGUGUUUAACAGAGGUUAGAGGGCAAAAUGAACACAGAGAGCUCAAAGAAGAGGCUGCUGGUGCUAAUGGAAAGGACAAAACUCGUCCAGCAGAACAAUGUGUGAAUUUUGUCCAAUUUGAGUCAGAAAAUGACCUUCGUGAAACUGCUUUGGCUCCACUGUCACUUAGCGAGGCUUUAGCGAUCAGACGGCCUGAUUUCAUCCAGCGCUCGCAGGCCAGAGUUCGAGCCCUGGAGAGGAGGUCGCAGGAGAGGCAGAGCUCCCACAGCUCACCGCAGACACCUGAGAGCGGAGAAAGCCUUGUGAAAUCCAGAAGCAUCAUGGGAAAGAGUCUACAGCUGUGGUCCAGGAGGAGUUAUAACCAGCUCCCUGAAGUGAAGAAGAGGAGAGAGGAAGAAAAGAGGAAAAAAGAAGAAGAGAAAAGAAAACGGACCAACAGGCUGCGGGCAGAGCUCUUUAAAAAGAAACUUCUGGAGAAGAUUUUGCAGAGAGGAGGAAAUCACUGACACUGCCUUGGACCCGUGUUUCUUCUCACUCCGCAGUUCUCAUGCCGUCCCGUGAAAAAUAUGACAUGACA